AUGGCAGCCCAAACAGACCCACCCAAGCUCGAAGUCGCAAUCGCUGGUGGUGGCAUCGCCGGCCUCAUCACAGCAAUCGCUCUCCUCAAACACCCCCACGUCAACGUUCAAGUCUAUGAGCGAGCACCAGAGUUUAAAGAAAUCGGCGCAAGUAUAGCUCUCGGCCCCAAUGGCCUCAGAACACUUGAGUGUCUUGGAGUCGAAAAUGCUCUUGCUGAAGGCUUUGCACAGCGUCAAAGGUCAGGGUAUCCCAUGAUAUACCGACACUGGAAGACUGGAGAAGUCAUCGAUUACGAUGUUCAUAAGUCUGUAGUGGAUAAAAGGCAUGCUACUGCGAGAUUUCAUCGUGCGCAUCUUCAUCAGGCCUUGCUGGAGAAUGUACCGGAGGGUGUUGUGCAUUUGGGCAAGACGACUGUCGAUGUCAAAGCGAAUCCUGAUGAUGGAGCUAUGCUUUAUUUUGAGGAUGAGACGACUGCGACUGCUGAUAUUGUUAUUGGUGCUGAUGGCCUUCGAUCAAAAGUUCGCAAGACGUUUGUGCCAGAGCAUGAGCUACAUUGGACAGGCUGGGUUGCGUUCCGAGCUGUCCUUGAUGCCGAUCGACUAAGAGGUGUUGAAUAUCCCGAGGAUGCGGCUCACUGGGCUGGGCAUGAGACCACAUUUUUCCACUCACAUCUUGGCAAAGGUCUCUUCACUAUUGUUGGUGGCUACCACGCUGAUCCUAAAGACUUCAACUCACCAGGCCAAGAUGCAAGGUGGGAUGAAGAUGGCAGUGUCGAGGAGUUCAAAAAAUUAUACCAACACUGGAAUCCAACAAUCAGAGCGUUCAUAGAAGCGACUCCUUAUGUCAAACUCUUCCCAAAUUACGCUGGCGCAGCUCUCGAUAAAUGGUCCUUCGCUGGCUGUGUAACUCUCGUUGGCGACGCAGCUCACACUCACGGUGGCUCCUUCGCAGCCGGAGGCUCACUUGCAAUUGACGACGCAUACGCGCUGUAUCGCGCUCUCGACCACGUUUGGCCAGCAUCGGAAGCACCAACGAAGAAGCCUACCAAGGCUCAGCUGACACAAGUGUUCGACUUAUACGAAGCCGCCCGUAAGCCACACCUGGAUAAGCUCUUGGGUAUCGUACACAACAAUAUUGCGGGACAGAAGUCGAAUAUUGAGAGGGAAACGGUAGAGACAAAUGAGCAGUUGAUAAAUAGGGUAAAGAAUAGGAUGGAUCCUUCGUGGAUUAGUGAGCAUGAUGUUGUUGCUGCUUUUGAGAGAGCUGCUGAGAGGAUAGAAGGUGGAGAGAAGACGGCAGAGGAACCUUGCGCAAGGCUUUGA